UGCGCGACUAAACUUUCAAAAAAUAUUCAACCGAUGUGAUUCAGCGUAGAGACUGACAGAAGACCGUGUUUAGUACAUAUUUCGGGCGACUUUGUUUGCAAAAUUUGCACAGAAUUGAAAGAGAAGAAAGUUUAAGCUCUCAAAAUGGACUGGGGCGGCCUAAAAGUCGGCGUCAGCGUGCGAAUCCAGCGUAGUGACGGGCGCAUCCAUGCAGCCAUCGUGAGCGGUUUGAAUGAUGAGCAGGAGAGUGUGACAGUAGAGUGGUUCGAGAGGGGAGAGACCAAGGGCAAGGAGAUUGAGGUAGAGAACAUCUUUGCCCUGAAUGCUGCCCUGAAGCCUGCUACACAAGUAUCCCAUGCUGAGGUCCAACAACCUUCUGCCAAGGUAACACCUUCUCGCCCGUCGAUGGCAGUUCAGCAAGCCCGCAGCAUUACACCGAGGGACCAAGAGUCAAGAAGAACUAUGAGACGAUCCUCUAGUAGAACAGAUUCUCUUCGACGUUCCAGUGCCAAGGCAGUCCCCACUGCCAAAUCGCGCCCCACCAUCGUCCCACCAGCACAGAAUGGUGACGCUGCCCCGGUUGCACCCCCCGCUGCUGUGGAGGCAGUCAAGAAGCAGGCUAUCCCAGCAUCCCGCAGACGCUCCAACUGUGUGAAGGAGGUGGAGAGGUUGAAGCAGGACCGCGAGGAGCGGCGGAAGCGGAUGGAAGACGAGAAGAAGCGCCGCACGAACGACCCGGACUACGAGCCUGGCAACCCCAACUGGGAGUUCCUACAGAUGGUCCGAGCCUUCCGUUCCAACCUGGACAUCAAAACUAUCACUAAUGCUGACCCUAUUGAGGACCACCAGAUCUGUGUAUGUGUCAGGAAAAGACCACUGAACAAGAAGGAGAUGGCCAAGAAGGAAGUGGACGUCAUCACAACUCCAGACAAACACAACACAGUGGUCCAUGAGUGUAAACUGAAGGUGGACCUGACCAAGUACUUGGAGAAUCACACCUUCCGAUUUGACUAUUCCUUUGACGAUUCAGCUUCAAACGAGACAGUUUACAGAUACACAGCCAAGCCUUUAGUGGAAACCAUAUUUGAGAGAGGCAUGGCCACUUGUUUUGCCUAUGGACAGACUGGAAGUGGCAAAACCCAUACAAUGGGCGGAGACUUCAAGGGUAAGGACCAGGACACGUCCAAGGGCAUCUAUGCACUCGCUGCUCGUGAUGUCUUCAAGCUGCUAAACUCUGCAGCCUACAAAAACCAAGACCUGAUCGUUGGCUGUAGCUUCUUUGAGAUCUAUGGUGGAAAGGUGUUUGACCUUCAGAACAAGAAGCACAAGCUGCGUGUCCUUGAGGAUGGGAAGCAGCAGGUGCAGGUGGUCGGGCUGACAGAGAAACAUGUCACCACCGUGGACGACGUGCUCAAACUCAUCACCGAGGGCAACAGGACGAGGACGUCCGGGCAGACAUCAGCCAAUCAGCACUCCUCGCGCUCACACGCAGUCUUUCAGAUGAUCCUGCGAAAGAGGGCAACAAGAAAAAUGUUUGGAAAGUUCUCCCUGAUCGACUUGGCAGGUAAUGAGAGAGGUGCAGACACCAUCAGCUCGGACCGACAGACACGGAUGGAGGGAGCCGAGAUCAACAAGAGUUUACUCGCUCUCAAGGAGUGUAUACGUGCCCUCGGCCGGCCUAACUCCGUCCACACACCCUUCCGUGCCAGUAAGCUGACCCAGGUACUCAGAGACUCCUUCAUUGGGGAGAGGUCCAAGACAUGCAUGAUUGCUAUGAUCUCUCCAGGGUCGAGCAGCUGUGAACACACCCUCAACACUCUCAGAUAUGCCGACAGGGUUAAGGAGUAUGGAUGCACACCCCUGGCCCUCCAGGAGUAUGAACAGGAUGCCUCAAACCAGCAUGGCCCUUACGGUCUCCUCAGUCCUGGCUAUGACCCAGGCAGUCCUGAGGUUAAGGAGCUGGGUCCAGGCGACCCGGGUGCCCCGGGCCCGUCUCAGGGUCUGUCCGCCAUCCCGGAGAACAGCCGCAACAACAGCCUGUCUCCGCAGAACUCUGACCUGCAGCUGCUGGCCACCCAGAACGAGGGGGAGGUGUCGUUUGAGCUGCUGCACUUUCACGAGGCACUGCAGGAGCUGCAGGAGAUGGAAGAACAGGUUGUGGAGGACCACAGGAGCGCCUUACAGGAAAUGGAGGAGAUGGUGAUUGUAGAACGGGGCCUGCUGGAGAUGGCUGAUGAAGUGGACUAUGAUGUGGAAGCCUACUCAUCUACACUGUCUGACCUGCUGGACAAGAAGAUUCAGAAGUGGAGUGAGCUGAAGCAGAAACUGGACACUUUCCGCAUCAAGAUGAAAGAGGAAGAAAUCGCCAGCAAAAACAUUAAGCGGCCCCCAUUGUAAAGAACCCUUACCACACAGGAAGAACCCCCCUGUCAUCAGAAAUGGUGUGAUCUAAGAUCAGAUCUUUUCAACAAGACUGGUAGAUUGUUCCAUUCUUGGAAAGGGUGGGUUGUGUAAAAAAAAAACUUCCCUUGUGCACUGGUUGGCAUUUUGAUGCAAGCUUUUCCCCAUAGUAUAGAGCAAGUUGGACCAAGCCAUUUUGGAUAAGGUAUUUUGAAAACUGAUAGAAAGCUGCAUUUAGGUAUCUAAUUUCUCCAUCAAAAUUGUGGUACCAUUGUCCUUAGAGGUCAAUUUCACUUGUCUAAUCUUCUACAUGUCGUUUACAGCUUCCCAUUUUCUACACAAAGUGAAAUGAUUUAUUUAUUGAUUACUUAAUUUAUAGUUUAGUUUCCUUAUCUUAAUUUUUACUAACAAUGUUUUUCCAACCCAAACUUGCAAAAAGAUGUAACAAACCAUUACCCACAAUGUUGUCAUGGUGGCAGAUAACUUGAAAUCUUAUUCCCACUAGCUCAUUUUUCUGAAAAGUAUCUGGUGGAAAAAUUGCUGUUGCAUGAAGAAUACCCAGUUUGUUAUUCUGCAGGGGAGACCUUAGUUCAAGCUAUUUGAAUGCAUUUUCGCAUGUAAACUGUUGCUCUUUUGCUUGUGAAAAAAACAAAACAAUUUCAGGCUUUGCAGAAGACACCCUGAGUUUGAGGGCAUUUUGAUAGAAAGUUUAAUUUAAGCAUUUUUCUAUAUUAGAAUUUUAAACAAAAGUGUCUAUUGAAGGUGUGAAAAAGACCUGCAUGCCCAAGUUUCCAACAGCAGGGCUCUAUCUCAAGUAAUCAUGGCAAUAAGUUGGUCUGGAAUCUAUUUGUCUAUGUUUCUGAACCUUUGUAGGGACACAAUAAGAACAGGUAUACCUGCUUGCUACUUUGUGGUCAAGUAAUACUUUUUUACCUAUGGCUAUGCAGUUAGAUUUGUUGAGCAAACCUCACACAGUCUUUUUACUGGAUAACUUGUUUCAAAGUUCCAAAGAGAUGGCCUACUUUCUGAAGGCACAAAUUUAAAUAAACCACUUGUAUUCACUAUUGGUUGACACAGAAGGCAGUUUACUAGCCUGGCAUUCACAGAAAGCUUGUGCUACAUUUGAAUGAUAGCGUCAUCCAUACACACUGGUAAUCUCGCGAAACAGUAGACAAAUAUGUUACAGUGUACAGCUUUAUAUAUUAUACAUGCAAGCUAUGCUUGCUGCAAUUCUACUAUGGGUUUACUCUUCCAAAUGUUCAUAUUUUCUGUGUUACAAAUAGAUAUUACACCAUAGUUACACUCUGUGCUCGUGUAGACAAAUCCUAUAUAUGAAUGUAAUAACACUCCAUGAAAUUGCAGUUAAUUAUAACACAAAUAUAGGGUUUUAACCGCACUGCAAAGACUUGGAGUUGAAAGUUUUUCAAAAUCCAUGCUUUAAAACCACUUGUUGUGCCAUGCUUUAUACAAUGCUCACAUGGUUAGAACUUGAUCUGAAUGCAAAAUGAAAUUACAAAAAUAUGAAAAAGAAUGCUUGAGGUUCACCCUUAGGUAAAUCUUGGAUCUUAAAAUGUGUACAGUUCAUAUGAAUCUUGAAGCAGCAUUAGGAGUACUGCUAGGGGUUUGGUAACUUCUAAAGGGGGGGAUAAAAAAACCUUGAUACACGUAGACCGUUUUGCUGCGACUCAAAUUUGGCCGUGUUUUCUGAAGUAUGUAGUAUGUGUUAGCAAUGUUGUGAAGUGAGUACGAGCUUGUCUGGCACUGGAAACUAGGUACUGUGUACCUCCCGCACCCUGCUAUAGAACUCGGGGGGUUACGUCGUAGCCGCCUCAGGUUCAAAGUGCCUCAGCUGUUGUGUGUGUGAAUUGUGAAUGAUGUGUACAAACUUUAUCCGUAUAUUACCAAUGGAAUCUAAUUGCAAAAACAAAGUUUUAAGCCUUAAGUUGAAAGAUGUGGAGAAAGAGCUGUUAUUUACAGAACUGAAGAUUUACGUACAUAAAUCUCUACGUGGUUUUAUUUUGAAAGUGUGGGCAUUUACUUCUCUGUAACAAUGAGUGGUAAAAUGUCCCUUUGCGGACUUCUUUUGUCACUACAACUUCCUCUCUAAAGUAACAAAACUCUUGUGUACAGAAAUGGCUAUGUUACCCCUGAAUACAUUCUCGAUUCUCUACAAUUUUACUUCUGGAAAAGGGAUAUUUUGCUUCUCUGUUACUUUCACAGAAUGGCAAAGUACAUGUAAUCAAAUGCUCUAUUUACCUCCUAUGACCUGAUUGUUAUGUUUGCACAAUUGUAUAUACUUUGUUAUGAAUAAAUAAAGGAUUGCAAGCA